GCCUAAGACCGUGGUACGUACCGAUCGAUAUGGAUGGCGGCCAUGUACGGAGUCUCCUCGGUUAUAUAUAAACAAGCCGAGCGUACUUUCUAACGGAGUGACGUGUAAAUGGGAGAUAUCGGUCGCGGGCCACAAGCACUCGUACCGCACAACCACGCACGAUUGACCAGGGACGUCCGCGUCGAGACUCAAGCGUGAUUGUUUUCUCGCGACCGGAUGUGUCGUCAUGCCGUGUUGGCCAAAUUGGGACGUAAUGAUAGAUUUUAUACGUUAAUUUCCUAACCGUCAAUCGGAAUACACAAAUUUGUCUGCGGCCAGACGUGAACACGUGAAAAAAAACGUCCAAACAUGGUUUUGGCGGACCUCGGACGUAAAAUCACUUCGGCCUUGCGGUCGCUCAGCAAUGCGACCGUCAUCAACGAGGAGGUUUUAAAUUCUAUGCUGAAGGAGAUAUGCGCAGCGUUACUCGAAGCUGAUGUAAAUAUUAGAUUAGUGAAAAAAUUGCGCGAAAAUGUACGCCAGGUUAUCGAUUUUGAGGAUAUGGCUGGCGGUCUUAAUAAAAGGAGGAUGAUACAGAGCGCAGUCUUCAAGGAACUCGUGAAGUUAAUUGAUCCUGGUGUUAAGGCUUAUCAACCAGUGAAAGGCCGUCCUAACAUAAUUAUGUUUGUCGGUUUACAAGGUUCCGGUAAAACAACAACUUGUACCAAACUCGCGUAUCAUUAUCUUAAGAAAAAUUGGAAGGCGUGCUUAGUAUGCGCCGAUACUUUUCGUGCUGGCGCAUACGAUCAGAUAAAGCAAAACGCCACAAAGGCUAGAAUACCAUUUUAUGGAAGUUAUACAGAAGUAGAUCCUGUAGCAAUUGCACAAGACGGCGUUGACAUGUUCAAGAAAGAGGGAUACGAGAUUAUCAUUGUAGAUACAAGUGGGAGACAUAAACAAGAAGAAUCGUUGUUCGAAGAAAUGUUACAAGUCGCCAAUGCUGUGCAACCAGACAAUAUAAUUUUCGUUAUGGACGCAACGAUAGGCCAGGCUUGUGAAGCACAGGCGAAAGCCUUCAAAGAACGCGUUAACGUCGGUUCCAUCAUAAUUACAAAAUUGGACGGCCACGCUAAAGGUGGUGGGGCGCUUUCCGCUGUUGCAGCGACACAAAGUCCUGUAAUAUUUGUUGGUACAGGAGAACAUAUAGACGAUCUAGAACCGUUUAAAACAAAACCAUUUAUUAGCAAGUUGCUAGGUAUGGGAGACAUCGAAGGUCUUAUUGAUAAAGUGAACGAACUCAAUCUAGACGAUAACGAAGAAUUACUGGAAAAGAUCAAACAUGGUCAAUUUACCUUACGAGACAUGUAUGAACAAUUUCAAAAUAUCAUGAAGAUGGGACCAUUUUCACAAUUAAUGGGUAUGAUCCCUGGAUUUAGCCAAGAUUUCAUGUCAAAAGGGACAGAGCAGGAAUCAAUGGCAAGAUUAAAACGACUCAUGACUAUUAUGGACAGUAUGAACGACUCAGAGCUGGAUAGCAGAGAUGGAGCAAAGUUAUUCAGCAAGCAACCUGGAAGGAUAACAAGAGUGGCAAGGGGUUCUGGUGUAAUAGAGAAAGAGGUCAAGGAUUUAAUUUUGCAGUAUACAAAAUUCGCAGCAGUCGUUAAGAAGAUGGGCGGCAUAAAGGGUUUAUUUAAGGCGGGAGACAUGGCGAAAAACGUUAAUCCUACACAAAUGGCGAAACUGAAUCAUCAAAUGGCUAAAAUGAUGGAUCCGCGUGUAUUGCAUCAAAUGGGUGGUAUGCCAGGAUUGCAAAACAUAAUGAAACAGCUACAACAGGGCGCUGCAGGUGGAUUAGGAAACUUGAUGGGCGGUUUCGGUGGUAAAUCUUGAGACGAGGUUUUGGGCAGUGCAUGUACUGCCGUUCAGGACGUUAAAUACCGUUACACACAUCUCACGAGAAAGUUAUGUCAUAUCUGAGUUACAUUACUAAAGAAAUUGUUUAAAAACUUUUUUCACACAUGCGUUUUACGAGUAAUGGAAUCGUGGAAAUAAUAGUAGCGACAUGAUAGUGGAUUCCUCAACGUCUUUCUAUCGUUUUUUUAAUCGCAAAUUGAAUCAUAAUACCUUUGGAUGUAAAUGCAAUAAAUUAUCCAAAUACGCUACGAAAUGUAUGUCAUAGUGAGAAAGCUAAUUUAUUUCGACCGUUUAUAGCCCUCUCUAUCCUUACAUCAUAAAUUUUUCUAGGCAGCGUUAUUUAUAAAUGAACUUGUGUUACCCGAUAGCCCUUUGAUAUUCUAACUACGUGGAAAGAAGUUUUAGUUGGAUAUUGUUAUUACCCUAAUCAAAUAAAGUGUGAUAAAUGUAAUUAUCAAUGUAAAUAUUCCCCGAGGGGAAUGUAUAUACUGUUAUAAAGAAAUAAAAAUUGGCAAUACGAUUAUUUU